AUGCCUUCAAUUAAGAAUGUCCUUUAUUUCCAAUCUGGACUUGGAGUUCUAGCCAAUAUGUUUCUACUGAUUUUCUAUAUUUUCAUAAUCCUAGGUCACAGUCCUAAGCCCAUAGACCUGAUCUUAUGUCAAUUAUCCUUCGUUCACAUAAUGAUGUUCCUCACUGCAGGGGAUAUUUGGCUUUCAGACUUAUUUGAGUCACUAAACAUGGAGAAUAACUUCAAAUGUAAGGCAAUUUUUUACAUAAACAGGGUGAUGAGAGGCCUCUCUAUCUGCAUCACCUGCCUCCUGAGUGUGUUCCAGGUCGUCACUAUGAGUCCCAGUACCUCUUUCUUGGCAAAAUUUAAACAUACACUAAAAAAGUACAUCAUAUAUGUUUUCUUCUAUUUUUGGUUGUUCAAUUUGUCUUUCAGCAGUAACCAGCUCUUCUCUGCUAGUGCAUAUACCAAUGUGAGUGACACCAACCAAAUGAAGAUCAGCAAAUACUGCUCAUACUUUCCCACAAACAAAAUUAUCAGGGGAUUGAUUUUAACAGUGACAACUUUAAGAGAUGUGUUUCUUGUAGGAGUCAUGGUGACAACAAGUGCAUACAUGGUGCUUUUAUUGUUCAGACAUCAGAGGCAAUGCAAGCAUCUUCAUAGCAUCAAGUACUGGAGAGCAUCUCCUGAGAAAAAGGCCACACAGACCAUCCUGGUGCUGGUGGUUUUCUUUGUGGUCAUGUACUGGGUAGACCUCAUCAUCUCAUCCACCUCAGUCCUGUUGUGGAGGUAUGACACAGUCAUUCUGACUGUUCAGAAGUUUGUGAUGAAUGUCUAUCCCACAAUUACUCCUUUGGUACAAAUCAGUUCUGAUAACAGAAUACUCAAAUGCCACCAAGCUUUUUUUAAAGGGGCAAUUUUUGUCUUCUUUAAAAUGAUAUUUAUUCCUCUGGUCUGUGCCAGCAUCAUUCCACCUUGGAUCUGAACUCAGUGGACAGUCCCACUGUAUCUAGAGGAAUCUCCAAGGUACAGGUC